AUGGCCGAGGCACACAGCAGCAUCCCACACCACCACGGGCAAGACAAUCGUGUGAACUCAACAACUUCUCAAACACGAGCAUUCGUCGAAUCUCUCUUCACGGCCGUGGCGCUCGACAACUUCGGAGCCUCGUUCGCCGCCGCACUCUCGGACAAUCUGGUCUGGACAGUGACGGGAAGCAGUCCGAUCGCGGGCCGCUACGAGGGGAAACAGGUCUACAUGGACAGAGUGCUCACGCCGCUGCGGGACGUGCUGGAGACCCUCCCCGUGCCGAUUGUCGAGCAUUUGGUCGUCGAUGGAGAUUGGGCCGUGGUCCAUUGGCGCAGCGAGGGCGUCAGGGGGAAAAAUGGUGCGGAUUAUGAUAUGCAGUAUGCGUGGUUGAUGAGGGUUGCGAGGGAGCAGGCGGACACGGGUGGUGCCGGUGGUGGUGAUCUCAAAAUCGUCCAAGUCAUCGGUUUCUAUGAUGGGCAAAAGGUGGCUGCUGUGUUUGAGGGUUAUCGGUUUAACAAGUAG